AUUUAUACUUUCGAGGUAGUCAAGUCGCCAUCUCUCUCCCAGGAGCGACAGGAACAUUUACAGACAUUCAGCCAUGUCUUUCAAGAUCGACAACAUCUUCAACGUCAAGGACAAGAUCGUUCUUGUCACUGGGGGCGGUACUGGCCUCGGAAAGGCCAUCACAGCGGGCUUCAUUCAGAACGGCGCUAAAGUCUACAUCACCGGUCGUCGCCAGGAGGUGCUUGAGGCCGCGGCCCAGGAGAUUGGCGGACCUAUUGUCGCUAUCAAAGGCGAUGUGUCUACCAAGGAAGGGUGCAAGGCCAUUGCAGAUGCAUUCGGAGCGAAGGAGUCCAAGCUCGAUGUACUGAUCAACUGCGCUGGAGUCAUGCGAGGAUGGAAGACUCAAGUAAAAAGCCAUGACAAUGCCGAUGAGGUUGAGAACUUGCUGUGGGAGGGGCAUGACGACGACGACUUCAACUACUCAAACUCCAUCAACAUCAACGGUGUAUACUUUAUCACUGCUGCGCUUGUCCCGUACCUUCGCAAGUCAAAUGACGACCCCAGCGUCGUUGUGAUUGCUUCUAUCGCCGGUCUCGCCAACCAGAGAGCUAUGGGAACAGUCUCUUACGGCGUCUCCAAAGCGGGUGCGAUCCACCUCGGUAAGCUCCUUGCAGGGCGUCUUCACCCUAUGAAGAUUCGAGUCAACACCAUCUGCCCCGGCAUCUUCCCUUCGGAGAUGACUGGCAAGAAUGACUCUGGUGAGGGGCACGAAUAUGAUCUGGCAGAUGGUGCUGGAAAGGCUGCCAAGAGGAGCACCGUCGGUCGAGCGGGCAGGCCCGAAGAGAUUGUCGGUCCUGUGCUCCUUCUCUCAUCUGCGGCGGGUGGCUACUUUGACGGGGCAUUGUUGACGGUAGACGGAGGGAGGUUAAUGAGUGCUGGAAUCCACGAUGGAUUGAGGUUGCCCGAGGAUACUUACAUCUAGGCUAGCUAGGAAGAAAGUGGUAUCAGGACAUCGGUCAAAGAGUAAAGUUGAAUGACGGGUCGUAAUCCCGUAGGUUAUGUGUAGAGAUGAAUUUGUCCACAGCAGCAGUAGAGAAUCAGGCGAUGAAAUCCACAGAGUAGAUGCAGCGGGAAUGCACAG